CAAGCUACAACACUUUCCAACUAUAAGAAGCUAAAGCAUUAAAAAAUGGCUUCAAAAGCUUUGGCAAACAUAUCUUUUCUUCUUAUGUUCAACCUUCUUUUCUUCACUCUCGUAUCUUCCACUAGUACCCCAAAAGGCUGCCCACCUCCACCAAAACCUCCAACAUCACCAGGGUGCCAUUAUUGUACAUCACCAUCAAAACCUCCAACACCUUCAGCACCUCCAACACCUACAAAACCUUCAACACCUCCAACGCCUACAAAACCUACAACACCUUCAACGCCCCCAACACCUACAAAACCUACAACACCUUCAACGCCUCCAACGCCUACAAAACCUUCAACGCCUCCAACGCCUACAACACCUACAAAACCUUCAACACCUCCAACACCUACAAAAACUACAACGCCUACAAAACCUUCAACGCCUCCAACGCCUACAACACCUACAAAACCUUCAACACCUCCGACACCUACAAAACCUACAACACCUUCAACACCCCCAACACCUACAACACCUUCAAACCCUCCCACGCCUUCAACACCUUCAAACCCUCCAACGCCCUCAAGCCCUCCUAAAGCCACUUGCCCGACAGACACUCUCAAAUUGGGUGUGUGUGCUAACUUGCUCAACAACCUUCUCCCUAUAGUCAUCGGAAACCCAUCAGAGACACCAUGUUGUUCCCUCCUUUCCGGCCUCGCAGAUCUUGACGCUGCAGUCUGUCUUUGCACUGCCAUUAAAGCUAAUGUCUUGGGAAUCAACCUCAACGUUCCCGUCUCAUUGAGUGUCUUGCUUAACUAUUGUGGAAAGAAGUCCCCAUCCGGCUUCCAAUGCACCUAGAUUCUGAAAACUUAUAACUAUAGAUUGUUCUAUUUUGAAAUAUGUUUUCUUAUGUUGAAUAUGAUGUAAAGAAUCAAUUACCAUAUGAUUCAAGAAUAAAGUUGUGUACUAUAUUUUGAAAUUUUUGUGACUAUUACAAAAUAUCAAU